UUUCCCUCCCCAAACCCCGGCUGUUAGUGCUGUGUGAGUGCGUGUGUGCUCCUGAGCUUGCCUCGGCACACAUUAUAUAAAAAAUCUAAAAAACAAAAAAAAAACUUAAAAACCUUAAAAACUCCAAAAAAUCAUUUUUCUUUUUAUAAUAAAAUCGGUGAAGCAGGAGUCGCUUAUCGUGGUCUGGACGGUACGAUACGGGGAGAAGCAACGUUAACGAAAUUUUUAAACCGACGUAUGUUGCUAGCUAGCUAGUAAGCUAAUCAUUGGCUAACGUUACCAGCGAAUUCGAAAGGCCUUGCUGCUGGCAUUCAUUUACGAUACGUUUAUCCGGUCCUAUCAGCAAGCUAUUUAAGUACGCCGAACAGGUUGUAUCUUGACAGUGAUAGUAUUUUAAUAUUGAUCUAUUUUAGUGUCAUUGCAUUUUACCUUUUAGCAGUUUUGAAGUUGCUAGCAGCGUUAGCAGAAAGGCGUAUUGAGCUGACGCGCUAACGGCAAGAAGAUCCCUCAAACCACGAGUGGUAUCUUACGCAGAACGAACUGAAGAUUUGACGACUUUUCGCUAUAACCACUAUAUUUGACCAAAUCAAUUAAAUAAAAUGAAUCCCAGCGCUCCAAGUUAUCCGAUGGCCUCACUGUACGUCGGGGAUCUCCACCAGGAUGUGACCGAGGCCAUGCUGUACGAGAAGUUUAGCCCCGCUGGGGCUAUCCUCUCCAUCCGUGUCUGCAGGGAUAUGAUAACCCGUCGUUCCCUUGGAUAUGCCUAUGUCAACUUCCAGCAGCCUGCUGAUGCUGAGCGUGCGCUGGACACCAUGAACUUCGAUGUUAUUAAAGGUAGACCUGUCCGCAUUAUGUGGUCCCAGCGUGAUCCUUCUCUGAGGAAGAGUGGAGUUGGCAACAUCUUCAUCAAGAAUCUGGACAAGUCCAUUGACAACAAAGCUCUCUAUGACACAUUCUCUGCUUUUGGCAACAUCCUAUCUUGCAAGGUGGUUUGUGAUGAGAAUGGCUCGAAGGGCUAUGGCUUUGUGCACUUUGAGACUCAAGAGGCAGCGGAGAGGGCCAUUGAGAAAAUGAAUGGCAUGUUGCUCAAUGAUCGCAAAGUGUUUGUAGGCCGCUUCAAAUCUCGCAAAGAGCGCGAGGCUGAGCUUGGUGCCAGAGCCAAGGAGUUCACCAAUGUUUACAUCAAAAACUUCGGCGAGGACAUGGAUGAUGAGAAACUGAGGGAGAUCUUCAGCAAAUAUGGCAAUUCCAUGAGCAUUCGCGUGAUGACUGAUGAUAGUGGCAAGUCCCGAGGCUUUGGUUUUGUCAGCUUUGAGAGACACGAGGAUGCCCAGAGGGCUGUGGAUGAGAUGAAUGGGAAGGAGAUGAAUGGGAAGCUCAUUUACGUGGGCCGCGCCCAGAAGAAAGUGGAGCGCCAGACGGAGCUCAAGCGCAAGUUUGAGCAGAUGAAGCAGGACCGUAUGACCCGCUAUCAGGGAGUCAACCUUUACGUCAAAAAUCUUGAUGAUGGCAUUGAUGAUGAGCGUCUGCGCAAGGAGUUCUCUCCAUUUGGUACCAUCACCAGUGCCAAGGUCAUGAUGGAGGGUGGCCGCAGCAAAGGCUUUGGUUUUGUGUGUUUCUCCUCUCCUGAGGAGGCCACCAAAGCCGUGACUGAGAUGAACGGGCGCAUUGUGGCCACCAAGCCGCUUUACGUGGCGCUGGCUCAGCGCAAGGAGGAGCGCCAGGCCCACCUCACCAAUCAGUACAUGCAGAGGAUGGCCAGCGUUCGGGCCGUGCCGAAUCCAGUCAUCAACCCUUACCAGCCCGCUCCACCAUCCGGCUAUUUCAUGGCUGCCAUUCCACAGGCCCAGAACAGAGCUGCAUACUACCCCACCAGCCAGCUGGCCCAGCUGAGGCCCAGCCCCCGCUGGACGACACAGGGCGUCAGACCACAGCACUUCCAGAACAUGCCAGGUGCCAUGCGGGCCCAGCCACCACGGCCCCAGACCUUCAGCACCAUGAGGCCAGCCUCCCAGGUGCCUCGCAUGGUGUCCACUCAGCGCGUUGCGUCUAUGGGUCCUCGCCCUGCUACUGCAGCAGCCGCAGCAGCCGCAGCCCCAGUGCGUGGCGUGCCCCAGUACAAGUACGCCCCUGGAGUGCGCAACCCCCAGCAGCACAUGAACACCCAGCCACAGGUUGCCAUGCAACAGCCUGCUGUCCAUGUGCAGGGCCAGGAGCCUCUGACCGCCUCCAUGUUGGCAGCUGCCCCUCCACAGGAGCAGAAGCAGAUGCUGGGUGAGCGUCUCUUCCCACUGAUCCAGAACAUGCACCCAACCCUGGCUGGAAAGAUCACAGGAAUGCUGUUGGAGAUUGAUAACUCUGAGCUGCUCCACAUGUUGGAGUCUCCAGAGUCGCUGCGCUCUAAGGUUGAUGAGGCCGUGGCUGUGCUCCAGGCUCACCAAGCCAAAGAGGCUGCUCAGAAGAAUGUGCCCAACUCUGCUGGUGUCCCAAGUGUCUAAGCCAAGGAAUGGGGAACCUUGAAACUUGCUUCACCGAGGAAAAUAAAAAAUUAAACAUUGAAAAAAUGAAAACACACAAAACAUUGCAAAAAGAUCUUAAAACAUUUUAAAAAAAGGAAAGGAAACUAGGUCAGCCAGGUCUGGAGAUGAGAACGCUAGGCCUUGUUUAUUUUAAAAAAUGGAGAAAAAAAAGAGAAAAAAUUUUAAAACAUAAAAAAUGUAAAAUCUGCGGUUAAAAAUAUUCCAGAAAAUGGGUUUGUGACCCGAAAGCAUUCCUUCCUUGUUUUAUUCCUUUUACUUUGUGAAGGCCAAGAGUUUUGGCUCUGAGUGGACAGGAGAGGGCUGAGAACUUGGCAUUGUGAAGUUUCUCUUGAAUUAAAAAUUUGCUUGCUGAAAUAAAAACCUAUUAAAACAUA